UAUCGACAAAAUUUAUAAUAGCCAUAUAUGUAUUUUCGUUUAUCAGCUCUGUGUAUAAAUUGUUUGAUAUUUAAUGAUGAAUAAUAUCUAAAUUAAAUUAACAUAAUAUUAUUAAAAAGAUGACAUUAUAUCAUUUUGGAAACUGUUUAGCUUUAGUUUAUGUUCCAUAUUACCUUACUUAUAAAUAUUCAGGCUUAUCAGAAUAUGGUGCAUUUUGGAAAUGUAUUCAAGCUGGAGGCAUUUAUAUAUUUACACAAUUAGUAAAAAUGCUUGCACUUGCUACAUUUUUUCCUACAGCAGACAAUGUAGGAGGUGAAGGUUUUGAUUUAAUUGGUGAAUUUUUAAAAUCUUCAAUAGAUUUAGCUGAUUUGGUAGGAAUAUUAUUAGUUUUGAACAAUAUUCCUGGUAAAGGACAUGCAAAAGUUUUAACUGCUGGAGUUGGAUGGGCUGGAGCUGAAGUAUUGCUUACUAGGUUUCUUUUGUUAUGGGUUGGAGCAAGGGGUGCAGAAUUUGAUUGGAAAUAUAUUCAAAAAAGUCUUGAAUCUAACAUUAAUUUAGUACAACAUAUAACUACAGCAACACUAGUAUGGUUAUGGUCAAGACAUGAUUUAAAACGAAGUUUUGUUCCAAUAGUAGUUAGUAUGCUUAUACUUACAGUUUAUAGGCCACUUAUCUUAGAUUUUCUCAUAGUAUUUUUUUUAACUGGUCCUUGGUCAACUCUUAUUGUUAAAGCUACAACUACAUUUAUCAUGGGUAUUACAACAUUAUACAUGUAUGCAGGUCUUGCUCAUUCUAUAGGUAUUUUUUGAAAAAUAUUGUAUUUUAAAAUA